GAGUUCAAACAAACAACUGAGCUCAAGUCAACGUCUUAUAGCACAUUUUGCAAAUUAAGACCCUUUUGGGUUGUUCAACCAGACUUUCGUAAACGAGAUACUUGUCUAUGUGUUGACCAUGAGAAUUUUUCUUUGAUUCUUGAAAAGUUGUAUAGUUUUAAGAUUUUGGCAUAUAAAUAUCGUUCUGACUUGCUAAAAAGUAUAACAUGUGACGGCGAGCUGAGAGAAUCAUGCCUGGAAAGGAAAUGUGGAGUUUGUCUUUUAAACAAAAAAAUAGUUUGUUAAGAAUUUGAGAAUGGUAUGAAUGAAAAAGUAACAUUUCCACAAUGGUCUAAAAAAAGUGUUGAACUUGUGGUAAAAGAUAAAAUGAAGACAUGUUUUAAAACUGUAAAAGAAGAGUUAACAUUAACUAAAAAAAAGCCGUUUUUGCAUUUUAUUAACAACUUACUGGAAAAGUUUAUGUAGGAUGUAUGCAAUAUAAAACACCAGUACAAAGCUAUAUCAGAAAUAAAAAAUAACUUAGGGCCUAGGGAUAUUUUCAUUCAUUGUGACUUUUCAGAAAAUUACAAUUGCAAAUACUCAAAAGAAAUCCAAUCCCUCCACUUUGGCGGAUCAAGAAACUAAGUGUCAAUCCACAUAGUUAUGGCAUACUAUUGUAGUAUUUCUGAAAACAAAAUAAAGGCAAAAUCUUACUGUACAAUUUCAGAUAACAGGCGUCAUGACUUUGUUGGAAUCUGUGCGCUUUUAAAGCCUGUUGUUAAUGACUUAAAAGAAAAGCUGCAUGUCAAUGAAACAGUUCAUUUCCUUAGUGAUAGAAUUUCUCAACAGUACCAAAACAAGUUUAUGUUCUAUUUGGUUGGUAUUUUUUUUUCAAAAAGAGUUUGGAGCUAAAACUAUAAGGUGACAUUUCACAGAAAAGGGGCACGAAAAAGGUGCCAUUGAUGAAAUAGGGGGUUAUAUCAAAAGAACCGCAGACAGAUUGAUUGGACAAGGGAAAGAUAUUCUUGAUAUUAUUUAUUUGGUAGAAGAAAUAAAAGAAAAGUGUCUAAGUAUAACCAUCUAUACUAUUAAUAACACAGAUUUUAAUCUCUAUGAGAAAUGUGUACUGGAAAACCUAACCACUUUCAAGGGGACUUUACAAAUUCAUGAGGGGGUUUGGAGUUCCACUAAAAAAGAAACAUUGUAUAUGAGAAGGCUGACAUGCACUGUAUGUGAUAAUGAUACAAAAUGCAAACACUAUAGUAUUGGAGAAGUACUAAUCCCUGCGGAUUUCUUGAUGUAUCUUCAUCCUCCAUCCUUUAAUAUUAAAGUUUCUGGGUUGAACAUGAACUUUCAAAAAGAACUUCAAGGCAGACUAUUUAAAGUAAUAUUUCAAAAUUCAAAAAAAAAAUCCAAAGUCAAUUGUUUUCUCUUCAAAGUGGAUGGAACAGCAGAGUUACCGUACUAUUUGACAAAACCGGCAUUUACAACAGUAACAACAUCAGUUACUUAUACACCUAAUAAAUUGCACUCUGAUUCUGGAACGUUAGUAAUUGCUUUAAGUGUUUCACUUUGUGUACUGCUUUUGGUGUCUGUAAUGCUGAUAAUCUUUUUUUUGAAAUCAAGGAUGAAAAAUUUAACAAAUGUAAACAGAAGAAAAAGCAACACAAGUAACGUUGCUGAAAACAUUUAUGCUGAUGUUGGUUCUUCUACUUCUGCACCUCAUAAAGGGCAAUGGACAUCACAAUAUUUAAAAAUGGAUGAGAAACAAAACUCACAAAAUUCAACAUUAGGUUCAAACCUGUUGACAACAAAAUCAAAAACUUUGCUUCCAAAAAAGUUGGGUUUGUUUUCUGGUUUUGAUCAUAAUAAACCACCUUGUCAAAGUUUACAGAAUGAAAAAACAGACAUGGAUAAUGAUAUUUAUUUACAACCUGUUCAAGAAACUAAAAAUAGUGAAACAAAUGACUACAAUGAGGUUCUUCAUAGGAAUACACUUCCUUUACCUAAGGUACUAAGAACGGAAAAUUGCUACAGUAUGCUUGAAACUAACUUGGAAAUUUCUACGUAUGAAUCCCUUCGUGAAUUUGGAGAGACUUCUAAUAACUUAACCCUUCCUACUAACGAGUUAAAUGAUAUGAAAUACAGUAACAGUGUGCCUUCUAAUGUUGAUAUUCGUUCUGGGUCUCCGUUUUAUUUUGAAACUGUAGCAUGUUUUUUGAACGAGUCGUAAUUUUAUUAUUGUUAAACAGGAUGUUGCGUUUGCAAAUCAUCAUUUUCACAAUUAUAACCAUGGAUAUAUGAAGACGUAUUUCUAAAAGGAGCUAAAUUACAUUUUUUAUUGUUUUGAGAAAAGUAAAACUAAUUAUCAAAAAAAUAAUUUUUUUGAAUCUCAAUAAUUUGGUAAUCGUAAAUAAGAAUGAUGGACAAUUUUUUUAUUUAUACUAA